AUUUCUUUCUGACUUUCCGUUCGAACAGAAGAGCUAAACUUCCAUUCCCGAGCUUCAGUAGCAGACGAAGAAGAAGAAGGAGGAGGAGGAAGGAAAGGAAAGAAUAAGAAUAAUGCCGAAGAGAACAACACACACGUACUCUAGCGAAGAUGCAGCUCCCGACGGUCCCGAUUCUGACCUCUUCGUUUAUUACUGCAAGCACUGUGGAUCUCACGUCCUCAUUACUGAUACCCAGUUGCAGAAAAUGCCAAAAAGGAAGACUGACAAAGCAUAUGUUUUGGACAAGAAUAAACAUCUUGCACGAUUGAACAUUGCUGAGGCUGGAAAGGUUCUUCUGAAGCGGGGUGAAGGGAAAUUGGAGAAGCAGUUCCGAUUGAACUGUCUUGGAUGCGGACUUUUUGUCUGCUAUCGUGCUGAGGAAGAUUUGGAAUUUGCUUCUUUUAUUUAUGUUGUUGAUGGUGCGUUAAGUACGGUUGCCGCGGAGACCAACCCGCAGGAUGCUCCUGUUCCACCCUGCAUAUCGCAGUUAGAAGGCGGACUAGUUCAAGUGGCUAUAGAAGUGGAAGAUCGUGCGCAACGCUCAGCAAUCACAAGAGUGAAUGCUGAUGAUGUUCGAGUGACUGUAGCUGCACCUGCUGCCCGUGGAGAAGCGAACAACGAACUUUUGGAAUUCAUGGGCAAAGUGUUGGGUUUGAGGUUGAGCCAGAUGACUCUUCAAAGGGGAUGGAAUAACAAAUCAAAACUCCUUGUGGUGGAGGAUAUGUCUGCCAGACAAGUUUAUGAGAAACUUCUGGAGGCUGUGCAGCCUUGAAGCUGCAGGAACUACAUCUUGGUGUCUCAAAACUAAAGAGAAAUUCGAAACCCAACAACUGUAAUUUGAUUUCCGAAAAGAAAAAAAAAAAAGUUUAUUUAUUUUGCCAAUCUUCCAUUAGAUACCAUAAAUGUAUUGCUAAAAAAGUUUAUUUAUGUUGCAAAAGCACAAAUGUAUUUACCUUUGCAGCAUUUUACUAGUAUGAUCAAGCACGU